AUGGAUAAAAAUGUGAUCGCUUGGGUGCACGUUGUUAAAAUCUCUGCUUGAUAAUAAACGACAUUCAUGUUCCUUCACAAUUAAUGUUCUCAUUUUUCCCCCAACUAAAAUUCUUUCAUUUCAAAUUGAAUUGCAUCACAUUAAAUGAUCAAGGACCGAAGAUCAAGAUUGAACAAAUAGUGUGAAGAAAUGUUUUGUAUGAAAUAAGGCGACAGCAUCAUUAUGAUGGGCUUACCAAACGCACUGAGGGCAGCGUGUUAAUGUCACUAUUUUUGUGCAAUUUCACUUCCUCAUUGAGCGUUUGCAACUAUAAUAUUAUUGCCGCCAAAGAGUCGAUAUCAGAUUGGAACAUCACUUGGAUUCGACAAGUGUCACGACCUCACAGUAUACAGUUACGCAUCUCGAUCUCAUUGGGAAGAGAACAUUCGAUAAUUCGAUUAAGAGGAUAAGUAGAAAAGAACACAAAAAAUAAAGGACUGCUCCAUUGUCUUCAAGUGAUAAACUAGCCAUGGAUCUCCUUGUGUUAUUCGUAUUUGCAGGAUGCCUGACGUUGUCAAGUGCCGUGUCGUGCUAUACCUGCACAGAGAAUAAUGUGCCCUUUGAUGAGCUAGAAGGUGUCUUUGAAUCGAGCAACUGCUCAGCACCCAGCCCAACCAACAGUUUCGUCAACAUUGACAAUGACUGCACUGGAACUUGUGUCACGAGAAUAUCGCUGCCGUCUCAAAAUUACGACAUUGAUCGGUAUUGCUAUGAGGGUACCACGUCACAAAUUGCGUCACACUGCAAUCAAAGCUGCACAAGCCCUUCAGAUUGUCGACAAUGUUGUAACACCGACAUGUGCAACAGUGAUUCUGUGGAUGAUAUCAUCUCUGAACAACGAAUGGGCCAAACAUGUUACGAAUGCCGUCACAGCGAAAUACCAUACACCGGUUAUUUUAACCCCGGUUGCGGAUUGAGCUUCGACUCUCUCGGGGAAGGAGUGAGGUACUCAUUUUGCCAGGGUCUAUGUUAUAGUGCUAUCACUUUCAUUGAGGGUGUUGACGAUGUCCGGCGGGGGUGCAGCAGACAGGGAGCCUAUUGUGACCAUGCCAACCACCCUUACCUGGAAGACAAGAGUGUCAGUUUCAAUAAUCUGGAUUAUAACAUGAAGUGCUGCCAAGGCUCACUCUGUAACAGUGGUCACUUCAUUGGUCCGUCUGGUAGCGUGAUCGUGCUUGCCAUUUCCUUGGCUCAAAUCCUCUUUGCCCUGGAGCUCUGAUUUUACUUUGAUUUUAUAGCAGGAUGUUUCACUUCUUUUCGUUUAAUUCAAUUUCCAACAAUUACAAACUUUAUUUUCUGUCUUGCAUUUCGAAAUUAUGAGUAAACUUUUAAAAGAUAUUCAGAUAUUUCAGAUAUUUUUUUAUUGUCCAUAAUGCAAUCGGGUACAAACGGAAAUUCAAUUAAAAAAUACAUAUUUAGUUACCAAGGAUGUAUAUAGCAUUUCCAUUUUUUUUAAUAAAAAAAAAACUGUCGAUUAAAUGCACUGCUAUGUAGAGGUACACGUGGACGGAAAUCGAAACCCUGACUGUAAAGAAUCAGCCUGCUAGCGCCUAUUAGACCUCUCGGCUAAGGCACCCUCCGACAGUAAGCAUUAGUUGUCACAAUGAUUACGUUAAUAAAGAGAAGGAUGAUAAUGCAAUAGGCUAGUGGUGGGAUGAAGGAGGCUACUAAACAAAGCCGAACUUGUAGUGCAGUCUCAUGUUAAAAGCAUUACUAGUUAUUAUAUACAAUAUGCGUUUGCAAUGAUACAUAGGCGGAUCCAAGGGGGGCAGGGGCCCGCUCCUUAUUAGCGGAGCAAAAAAAAAGAAUAAAGGGGGAAAGAAAGAAAAAAAAAGAGAAAAGAAAGGAAAAGAGAGGAGAAAAAAAAGAAGAGCAGGAAGAAGAGUGAAUACAUUAAGAUGAGGGGAGAGUUGGAAAAGAAUCUUUCACUUCACUAUAUAAAAUUUUCGCUCGCGCUUCGCGCUCGCAUCGCCUGUUAGAUGAUUUAAAUAUAUGGAGUUUAAAAUAUCAGGUUUUUAAGUCAGUAUAUACAAAAACAUUUCAGCUCGGAAAUCGAACUGUCAUUGUCUUGUUUUAUUUUUAAAAAGUGUUCUGUAAAAAUAUUAGUUUUAUGGUCUAUAUAUUAACAUUUUCUGCUGCGCGCUCUCAAAAUUUGAUUUGACAGGUACCUAUUAUUUUUUUCAAUUCAUAUAUCGAUUGUAAUCAAGAACAAAUUGAUUGAUUUUUUUACCCAAAUUGACUUGCAUUUAAUUUUAACUAUCCCACAACGCACCAUAUUAUGUAACUCUAUAUCUACCCCUGUAAUUCAGUAGAGAAAUAUGACGUCAUAAUCAUCUUGCCCCCCCCCCCCACGAAUUGCCUAGCCCCACAUCUAUGUUUAAAAAAAAUUCUUUUCAAUGUCAUGGUUUCUAUAUUUAUUUCACAUAUAUUUGAAAUUUUCUGAUAAUAUCGAUUAUUUCUAACAAAUUAGCAAUUUCAUUAAUAAAACACUGCGACAUUAUGCAGAGAGAGGAAAAAUAUUACUCAUGAUUAGUUUGAAUCAUCUUCUCUUUUUCUUCAUGUCAAGUAUCUCUCUAUGUCUGUCGCAUUCGAAAUGUUUGAAGUAGAACAAAUAUUAUUUCUUAAUGAUUGAAUACAUAAUGGUUACCUCUCUGUGUUCAAAAUGGUUUGGAAUAUAUUUGUUACUUUUAUUUUCGUUUUUAAUGUGUGUAGUGUACAUUAUUUACCAUAUUUAUUCGGAAAAUAAACUCCUCAUAAAAAGUUUGGAAAUCUGAAUUUGAUCGAUAUUCCCUCCUCGGUUUUAGUAAAUAUCAAUGUUUAAUUAAUAUUAAUGAACAGAACAUUUGAUUCUCUUUAAAAUGAUACCCUAAAACAUGAUAUAAUUAUGGUAUACAUGGAGGUGCAGUGUCUUGAAAUGUGGAGCAAGGUCAAAAUUCAAAAGUUGCAAAAUGAC